CUCUCACUCUUGUCCUGCCCUCGGAGGAAAUCUCCAGCGUACUGCGCUGCUCCUCAAUGAACUCGACACACACACUCACACACACUUACUCACUCACACACACACACAUACACGUACACACACUCGCAGCAGCUCCUCCGGCUCUGGGCUCUCUGAGAAAGAAAAGAAAGACUGAGUGAUAGAAAAGAAAAGAAAAGAAAAGAAAAGAAAAGAAAAAAAAGCUGAACAAAGCGUGAGAGAAAGAAAGAGAGAGAGUGAGAGAGAGCAUCCUUUCUUCACUCAUCUGUCUCUCUCUUCAGUCUCGUGUCGAGACGGAGCCGGAUGUGAGAGACGCGCCAGAGCUGACGGAGCCGGAGCAGCUGAGGGAGCGAGAGCACGGAGCGAGGGAAGGGAGCGAGCGCGCGGACGGAGGGAGUGAGGGAGGAAGGAGAGAGGGAGGAGGAGGAGCGCGCAGCUCCAUGCAGUUCAGCAGCAGACCGGCGAGUGCCGAGCCGUGCUACAUGGGGACAUGGCAGCAGCAGAACACUGACACACACCUCCUGUUCAGGAUGUCCCAGCAGGCGAUUCGCUGCACUCUGGUGAACUGCACCUGUGAGUGUUUCCAGCCAGGGAAGAUUCACCUGCGCACCUGUGACCAGUGCAAACACGGAUGGGUUGCUCACGCUCUGGAUAAGCUGAGUACGCAGCACCUGUACCAUCCGUCCCAGGUGGAGAUUGUUCAGUCCAACGUGGUGUUUGACAUCAGCAGUCUGAUGCUGUAUGGAACACAUGCACUUCCUGUCCGCCUCAAGAUCCUGCUGGACCGUCUGUUCAGUGUCCUCAAGCAGGACGAGGUGCUGCACAUCCUGCAUGGCCUGGGCUGGACCCUCAGAGACUACGUCCGGGGUUACAUACUGCAGGAUGCUGCAGGCAAGGUGCUGGACCGCUGGACCAUCAUGUCCCGUGAAGAGGAGAUCAUUACCCUGCAGCAGUUUCUGCGCUUCGGAGAGACCAAAUCCAUCGUGGAGCUCAUGGCGAUUCAGGAGAAGGAAGGCCAAGCGGUCACGGUGCCCUCUUCAAAGGCUGACUCUGGUAUCCGGACUUUUAUUGAAAGCAACAACCGCACUCGCAGUCCUGGCCUCCUUACACACUUGGAGAACAGCAGCCCUUCUAGUAUCCAUCAUUUUGAGAACAUCCCCAACAGUUUGGCUUUUCUGCUGCCCUUCCAGUACAUCAAUCCUGUCUCGGCUCCCAUGUUGGGGCUGCCACCUAACGGGCUAAACUUAGAUCAAUCGGCUCUGAGGCUCCGAGAGCCAAACCUUUCCAAUCAGAGUGAACCAGUAGAUAGCAGUGAGUCAGAAGUGUCUUUGUCACCUUUCCGAAACAGCCAGAGUCCAAACCGAGGUGCCAUAGGGACCAUUCCGAAUUCCAUCGAGCCCAAGACGGAACCUAAUGGAUCAUCACCUAUCACAACAACCCCAUCCGCACAGCAAGUCCAACAACAGCAAGCACAGCAGCAGCAGCAGCAGAUCCAACAACAGCAGCAGCCCCAGAACAAUGCCAUAAAUGACCACCACUUUGUGAAAAAUGAGCAGUCAAAGAACCUUCACUCUUCCUUCUCUUCCAAGAUGCACCGCAUGCGUCGCAUGGGUACUCCGUCGCGCAAGGGUCGCGUCUGCUGCAAUGCCUGUGGCAAGACCUUCUAUGACAAAGGCACUCUGAAGAUCCACUAUAAUGCUGUACAUCUGAAGAUCAAGCACCGUUGCACGAUCGAGGGAUGCAACAUGGUCUUCAGCUCCUUGCGUAGCCGCAAUCGCCACAGUGCAAAUCCCAACCCUCGCCUUCACAUGCCUAUGCUGAGAAACAACCGAGAUAAGGACCUCAUUCGCUCCACUUCUGGAUCAGCUACCCCGGUCAUCUCUAGUACCAAGAGUGGAUUUACUCUAACAAGUCCUGGACGGCCUCCUCUAGGCUUCGCAACUCCUCCUCUCGAUCCGAUGAUGCAGUCCCCCCUUCAGAGUCCUCUGGUCUUCCCAUCCCUGAAGUCUGUGCAGCCAGUACAACCCAUACCACCUUUCUACCGCAGCUUGCUUUCUCCUGCUGACAUCGUGAGCCCUCCAGUGUCCCUUCCCACUAGUCCGAUUUUACCCACUACUACCAACAGCACCUCCAUCAUGGACCAACAUCAGCAGAUCUUAGCUGCUAGUUCCAACAAUAGCCACAUGUCUGAGACAGGAACUUUGUCUCACCACCUUUCCACCACUUUAGGUGCUCCGGAUCCCAUCACCAUUGAUCCUAUGCCCAAGAAAAAACCUCGCAAGUCCAGCAUGCCUGUCAAGAUCGAGAAAGACAGAGAGGUACCGGAGGAUUAUGACGAUAAAGAUGAUGACAACGAUGAUGACAGCUGUCACCAUCGUCACCCUGCAUCUCACCUCCACAAUAAUAUCAAUGGAAACUGCAACAAUAAUAACAACAGCAGCAGCGGGCAUCAGUCACCCUCCCAGGAUGAGAUGACGGAAGGCACCAGUGAGCUGCGUUGCAUGGACAGUUUCACGUCCGAGGAACAGGACCAUGAGCGUGACUUUGAGAAUGAGUCAGAGACUUCUGAGUCCAAGAUGUUCUACCGUGAUGAGCCAAUGGACGCUGAAGAUCAUCGCCACACCUCCAGGAGAAACAUGGACAAAGAAAAGGAUGAUGGCAUGGAAGAUAGACACAUCCACAAAGAGAUAGAAGAAAAGAGAUGCUCUUCGCGGUCCCCACAUCAACCUGUCAUCAAAAUCAAAGAAGAACUCAACGAUCCAACCUAUGACAUGUUUUGCAUGGGGCAAUACAAUCUGUACAACGGUGGAAUGGCUGCUGCAGCCGCAGCCGCUGCGAGUAUGGCUGCCUUGCACGAGAGCUUCAUCUCCUCCAUGGGUUACGAAUCAAGUUCGCCCAAAUUUCACUCCCAGUCCCCAGAGGGCGAUCUCUGCUCCAGCCCUGACCCUAAAAUCUGCUACGUCUGCAAGAAGAGCUUCAAGAGCUCCUACAGUGUCAAACUGCACUACAAAAACGUACACCUAAAAGAGAUGCACGUCUGCACGGUGGCCGGGUGCAAUGCUGCUUUCCCUUCCCGACGAAGCCGAGACAGGCACAGCUCCAACAUCAACCUCCACCGCAAACUUCUGACCAAAGAACUGGACGACUUUGUCCUCGACCCCCAGCUCAUGCCGCUGCCCCGGGACAUGCGCGCAGAGCUAGCGGCCAAAAUCUACUCUGGACACAGACACGAGGACCCCGUGUCCCCCCUAGGCAACGGUUACCGCGGCGACAGCGAUUACACGGCGCUGGACCUGAGCACGGCGUCAAGCAUCCACUCCAGCGGCAGCGUCCAGUCGUCACGUGACUCGGACGAGGCCAGCGACGAGGGCGUGCUCCUGGACGAGCUGGACGUUAGCGAGGGAGAGGAAGCGGGGCCUGGGCUAGUUGAAGGGGCGGGGCUGGUGACCUCAGACCCCACCUCCUCGCCGUCGGCGACCGCUAAUGGCGGCAUCUUAUGCUCCAUCUGCCACAAAAUGUACAGCAACAAAGGGACGCUGCGAGUGCACUACAAAACCGUUCACCUGCGCGAGAUGCACAAGUGCAAAGUGCCCGGGUGCAACAUGAUGUUCUCCUCGGUCCGAAGCCGGAACCGACACAGUCAGAACCCCAACCUGCACAAAAACACACCCUUCAUCUCCAUGCUCGACUAGCCCCGCCUCCCCCUCCUCAGAGACACGCCCGCUUCCCCACACACUCUGCCCAUAUCUCUGCAUUUCAGUGUCAAAACGUGUCAAAGGUCCUGUAAUGCGACCACCAGACAAUGACCUUGGGUCAUGUCACUGCUCACGUCACUGCUCACGUCACUGCUCACGUCACGGCUCACGUCACUGCUCCCUUUCUGACUCGCUUUUUUUUUUCUUCUUUGGGAGAAUUUGACGGGACGUUUCUUUCCGACUCGAGGCUUCUCUUCUUUUGCUUGAUUCCCAAACGGCCGCCAUUUCGAUCCUAUUUUUUUUUCGUGUGUGUGUCCGACUCCAUAGAAGAUCCUCAGACUCUGUACGUGUGACUGUUGCCUGCAGAAAUGGUAUUAUUGAAAAAAGAAUAAUAAUAAUACGAGAAAAAAACGUCUCCUUGUUGUAUUUGUGUAACGAUAGCUUUAUGAAAAAAAAAAAGAAGCCCUACAUACAGUUACCUAAAGCAUGAACAGUUUCGAUCUGUAAAUAACGUCCUGAGAGGCUUUUUGGUGUAAAACAAUUGUAUUGAUGGUCGCUUGCUCUUUUUUAUUUUGCUCUUUAUUUUUUGUUGUUUUUCUUUCCUUUUGGUUAAAGUUUACUCUUUCAGCUGAAAGUGUAGGUGACAACAGGUAGCAUUUUACUAGCUCAUUUAUAUUAACGUCAAAAUUAAAAAAGAAAAAGGAAAAAAAAUUUACCCAAGAACAAAAAUAAUAAUAAUUGAUAAUAAUAAUAAUAAUAAUAAUGAUGAUGAUGAUAAUAAUAUUGUGACUCGUUUUAUCUACUUGUGAGAUUUUGCAGACGGAGCUGCAUGCUUUCAGGCUCCUGAACGACUCCUUUAGCUUUUUUAUCCUCCUUUUUCUUAAUUUUUUAAAAAAAAAAAAGAUUUAGUCAGACGUUUCGGUUUUUUGCACUUUGCAGCUAUAGCGAGCGGGAUGUGUAAUAUUAAUGAGGACGGAGACGCUCGGCAGUCACGGCCCGAGGAAAAAGGAAAUAAAACAUUGUAUCUUUACAGAAAUGUCCCGACUUUGCGCUUGUGUUGAGUCGAAGGUUGUGUAUCGUCUCUGACGUGGAACCCAGACACGGUAUCAGGUCACAUGACUGGAGCGAGCGUUAGCGUGUGAUGUCAUCAACCUGCCAUUUGUGACAUCACACGCAAAACAGGACAAAUGUCGCGUUCCGCCAUAAAAAUGAUCAGAACGAUCAGAACACGUGAAUUUAACGGCGGCUCAGAUUUACACGUCCUUCACACCGACCGGCGAACGUCACGUUUUCAUCAGAUUCACCUCGACUUUAAAUUGUUUGGUUAAACGUGUAAAAGGGACAAGUUUGUAUGUCACUGUCUAAGCUCCGCCCAUGUCACAUAAUGAGGCCAUUGAUCAAUCAAAUGAAGACGUAAAGAAAAGAAAAGAAAAGUGUCAGACGUUAAUCAGUGAACUGGUCCAUGUUUCCCCGAAUAUGGGUGUGGUCUGAUCACACUGCUCUCUGUGUUGUGUGUGAGAGCGGAGCUGGAGCUCAGUGUGGGACUGAACACUGACCCCUGAACACUGACCACUGACCCCUGACCCCUGAACACUGACCACUGACCCCUGAACACUGACCACUGACCCCUGAACACUGACCACUGAAUUGUUGCUGCACCACAUUCACUUUCACACCACUUUUCUUUCACUCUCAUGCUGAUGGGAGGCAGUAAGGUAUUGAGGCAGUGAGGCAGUGAGAUGGUGAGGCAGUGAGACAGUAAGGCAGUGAGACGGUAAGGCAGUUAGACAGUAAGGCAGUGAGACAGUAAGGCUGUGAGACAGUAAGGCAGCGAGGCAGUGAGAGAGUAAGGCAGUGAGACGGUAAGGCAGUGAGACAGUGAGGCAGUGAGACAGUAACGCAGUGAGACAGUAAGGCAGUGAGGCAGUAAGGCAGUGAGAAGGUUGGGUUUACGAGCGUGAUUAAAUCCGAGGCGCAGCACACCGGAGGCAGGAGCACCGACUCUGUGCUGAUCUGUGUAAUAACUCGCUCGUCACUUUGUUACGUUUAGAGACGUGAAAGCUGCUGACAUGCUCGUGUCACACACUCAUCUAACCCCCGCCUAUCCCCCCACCCCCCACCACCACCACCCUCCUCCGUGUGUUGGGGUUCCUCAGGGACUCAGGUUAAUAACACACGUUUAAGUUCCCCGUCACUCUGAAUAACAGCAGCUGUAAUUGCCUGUUUAUUUCGUUUGAGAGAAAAAAUUGAGCAUCGAGAGCGAGCGACUUCUCCCGAGUCACAUACACUCACUGCUGACAGCUGUCUGUCUGUCUGUCUGUCUGUCUGUCUGUCUGUCUGUCUGUCUGUCCUGCUCUCUCUCUUACACACACACACACACACACACACACACACACACACUGCACUAACAGGCUGGAGAGAUGACAGGAGCAGGAGGACUUGUUAACCUCUUGUGAUGGACGAGGCAGAAAGAAAAGCCCAGUCUUCUUUCCUUCCUUCCCUCCUCUUUUCUUUUUGCUUUUUUCAUUACUCUUUUCUUUUUUAUUCACUUUUGUCUCUUUUCUUCUCUUACAUUCCUCUUUAC